AUGAUCUACACAGUCGCAGUCCCGAUCGCCUGCACCUUCCUCUCCUAUGUUGUUUUCCACUGCGCCCGCACGCUGUUCCGCACGUGGACGUCCUCACUGAGAUUCAUCGAUGGACCGCCGUCGCCGAGCUUCGUUUUUGGCCACUCCGUGGUGUACUCUGAUGUGCCAGAGACAGGCGACCAGUGGCGGGAACGAUAUGGCCAGACGUUUAUGGCCAAGGGUAUUUUCGGGGCUGACGACUUGCACACGACCAACGUCAAAGCUGUGGCACAUAUUCUCAGGCACGGCUCACUGUACCCGAGAACGCCUGAGUUUCUCAGCAUCCUCACUCAUAUCUUUGGUGCCGGGCUCUUAUCAGUCGACUUGGAUCCUCACAGACGUCAGCGCAAAAUUAUCCAUCCUGCGUUCAGUGCUCAACAAAUCCGUCUGAUGAACGAAGGCUUUUUGGAACAGGCCAUUGUGUUGCGAGAUUUUUUGGCGGCCGAUGUUCGCAAAGCAGGCGGAUCCGCAACCGUCAACCUCGGAGAGAUGUUUCGUCAAGUGACACUGGAUAUCAUAGGCGAGGCCGGUUUCGGAUACAAAUUCAAUUCGCUCCAGUCAGGCGGCAAAAACGAAGGCGAUCUAAGCGAGGCAUUCCGGCUGUUGUUCCACGUGCCUAGCGCCAACCUGAAUAAUGCGGUGCAGAUCGCUCAGGGAGCCAUCCCCGUCCUCAGGUUCCUGCCCCUACCUGGCUGGCGCUCUAUGCAGUUCGCAAAAAAGACAAUGAAGGCGGUGGGAACAAACCUCAUGCAAAAGGCCAAAGCCGAGGCGCAGGCACUGGGCGAGAAAGAAUUGGGUUCGGGGCGUGAUCUUCUCUCCAUCCUAGUCAAGGCAAACAUGUCCGCGGACAUCCCAAACACCCAACGUUUGAGCGACAGUGAGAUUAUAGCCCAAGUCCCGACUUUUCUCGCUGCGGGGCACGAGACCAGCAGUGCUGCGCUAGGUUGGGCGGUUCAUGUGCUGUCGCACCAUCCCGCUGUGCAAGAUAAGCUGCGCAAAGAGAUGCUGUCCAUACCGACCGACACUCCGACCAUGGACGAGCUGAACGCGUUGCCAUUUUUUGAGGCUGUACUGAGGGAGAUUCUCCGGCUGUACGCCCCGCUGGCCUUUAUUCAGCGUGUGGCGACAAGGGAUGAUGUGCUGCCGCUGAACAAACCAUACGUGGACCAGUUAGGCGUGGCUCACGAGACCCUCCCGUGCAUCUCUUUCACUGUGUUUCAAAGUCCUGUUCCACUGACGAACAACAGCAUCACUAAAGGACAAAUGAUCACCAUCCCGAUCCGGGGCAUUAAUACCGACAAGGAAAUUUGGGGUGAGGAUGCUCUCGAGUUCAAACCCGAACGGUGGAAUAAUCUCCCUGAUGCCGUGGGCUCUGUUCCGGCAGUGUGGGGCAAUCAGUUGACCUUCCUUGCUGGUGCUCACAGCUGUAUCGGUUUUCGAUUCUCCUUGGUCGAACAAAAGGCGAUCCUUUUCAGUCUCCUCCAGGUGUUCGAGUUCCUUCCCGGCACGGAGCCUGUCGGUUCUGUGAUCUCAGCUCAGCUGCGACGGCCAUCUUCAUUUGUUUCCGACGGAAAGGGCGGCCGUGUGUCGAUGGGUGGAUUGUCUCUUGUAGUUAAGGCCUACCAAGAGUCAUCUUAA